AAGCUUAUAGGGUUCCAAAAAAGGACCGCAAAAACAUACGAAAUACGUUGUUCCAACCUGUAAACGAACAGUAUGCUUUCAGUCGCGUGUACUAGCUCUUCACCUGUCAACCGGAAGUUGAUGCUGUUGCUAUGCAACCUCUUGCUAGAUAGUUAGCAUAACAAAUUACUAGUUAGACAUUUUACGACUUCAGGUGUAUUCAUCAAUUCAAUCUGGAGAACCAGAUGGGCAUGGUUUGCACAUUUGGUGCUAUUCCAUUGGUUCUACUGUGCUCGGCAAGCUCAAUUAAGUGUAACAAAUACAGAACCCAGGUCUGAUGGCUACCUGUCUAUUGCUCCCCCACCUCCAAUAGUGUUUCUCUAAUGGAACGAUGACUGCGCUGGCGGUGAAGGUGGAGUCUGCUCCCGUUCUGAACCCCGGUCAGCUGACCCUGAGCGAUCCCGCCUGUGGUCCCACCUACAGUGACGAUCGCUUACCUACUUCCACUUCACUGUGAACUCCUGUGGCACCACCAGGAAGGUAAAAUGACUAUUACCCUGAGGUGAUGGGUACUGUGUAUUUAUGGACUGUUUGCUUCUGUAGGCCGUAAUAAGCAAUUCCCCUCUACUACAUAGUUUAUCAACAAUUCAUGCUGUAUGAGAACGAAAUCUCAUUGAAGUCUUCAGAGGAGGAAUAUCAGUUAAAGGUUUCCUGCUACUAUGUGGUCAACAUCACUCGCACAUUGGCCUUCCUGACCAGGCUGCGUGACAACGAGCCUUUUGCAGAGACUGGGACUGGUCGACUAAUGGUCAGAAUGAGACUCGCUCAGGACGCCUCGUAUAACACGUUCCACCAGGAGGAGGACUAUCCAGUGGUGAGGUACCUGAGACAGCCUCUGCACUUUGAGGUGGAGCUGACCAGGUCCUCUGACCCCAAGGUAGCGCUGGUGCUUGACCACUGCUGGGCCACCCUCAACGAGGACCGCGGCUCCCGACCCCGUUGGAAUCUCAUCAUUAAUGGGUAACUUGUUGUUUUAGGGCCUAAACAAGUGUUAUUCCACAGGUGUGGUUCCUGAGUAAUUAGCAACCUAUCAUACUUGGCAGGCCAUUUAUUUUGGCUACCGUGGCUAUGCCCCCAUCCAUAGGUCAUGAGUGGUCACAAUGGUUUGAGCUUAAAAAAAGAUGUGAGCCAUGUGCGGUCUGUCACCAGAUCUACACCCAAUUUAACACUUAUGGGAGAUUCUGAUCACAUGCUUGUUAUCACUGAGUGGUCCCUGCAGCGUACCAUUGGAACAUGUAAAUCUAGUUUAGAAAAUAUAAAAUAACUCCCUAAUCCCAGAAUGCCAUUCACUGCGCCCGUUUCCUGAGGUCUUAACUUAGUUUGGCCACUUCAGCAUGUGGCAAAUCUUUGUACUUGUUACGGCGUACACAUGACAAGUAGUUUACAGUUAACUAAUCAAAAAUCCAAUACAACCGUAGCACGAAAGCUAAACAGAGUUGCAAGAUAUAGGUCAAUCCAUUUUGGGAGGUGAAGUCCUUGGGGGAAGGUAUUAUGGAGAGGAUGAUGCAGGAAAUAUUACUAAGAUGGGCGAUUUAUGAACAAUAAAUGGUAGGGCAGACAGUUUUUCUAAGCUAAAUACCCCUGGAAAGGGGGUCUGAUCUGGCAACCCUGAGGUACCAUAGUUUACACUCUGAUGCUGUGUUCAAAUCAGCUAACGACUUCAGUGCAUUCAAGACAAUUGGGGUACUCCAGUUGAGAUCACCAUAAGUCUGACAUACGCGUAUGUGAUAACCUGACUGCAUUGUAUGGCGUUAGCAUUAGCUCAUGUUCAGUACCACCUUCAAAGUGUUUUAAACAUGUGUCCAUUACAAUCUAGGCAAGAAUCAGAACGAAUUAAUAAAGCGCUAAGUACAUUAUACUUACGGUACGCUACAGUAGAAACGACAACACGUUACACAGAAAAUAAGGUACUUUGAUAGGAAUGCACGCAUGUUCACAGUUAAUUGUAAGGAAGACACUAAAUGUGCAAGGACUGUAUACUUGAUCUGGGGAAGUGCUUGGGCUUUCUUUUGAAGGAAAGUUUGUCCGGCUCAUUAAAUUCUCAAAUCGAAAUGGUCUGCAACAGUAAAAUGGGCUACUUUUGUGAAUGAAUUGAGGCAAAAUUUGAAGUUGAAACGGCCUAUAGAAAAAUUGCAGGUAAUGUGCCUUGGACUGAGGUCAGCGCGGGUUAACUGUCCACAUUUUGGAACAGUGAGUGCAUUCUGAGAUCACGCGCAUAAAAUCAAUUCCCACUGGGGCAACUGUUGAAGAUAUUUGGAACUCGCGUGUGAAAAGGUUAAUGUUGCCGUUACCUACACCUUUUUACUCAAUGUUAUCCUUUUAGUUUGCUACAGUUCAGUGUUGUGACAAACUGAUGGUCAGUCGAAUGGAAAUCAAGAGCGGCUGGCAAGCUUGGCUUGCCUUUCCGAUUGGUUUCAAACAACUGCUCUUAACACUGACUGAAUAGUUGUUGGGUUUGGGUUGAAUACAGGCACAAGUGACCUCUUGUGUUUAAAUUAGUUAUUGCACUAAACCUAAAGGAUGGUUCAGAUGCCUGUGCAGCAUGGAUGUUUGAAACUGAAUAGGAUCAGUUGACAGGAUCCCCAGAAGUUGAUGCCACUUUCAAUGGAAUUUCCUGUCCUAGAGGAAUGCGCUAAUUGGGAGUUGCUAAACAUGAACAAAUCAAGUCAAGUGUAGCAGCAUCUUGCUAACUUUAUUUAGCUGGCUAAUGUUCAUGUACAAUCCCUUCAAUGUUUUGCCUGAU